AAAUGACCUACUUCCCCAGAAUCACGGCAUGAACAUUGGCAAUACCAAAUUUCUUGAAUACCAUUGAAGGAAAUCCACACUAAUCAUUUUCUCUAUAAAUAUCUUUAAUCCGUUUUAUUGUUUCUUAAGAAUCAUUCAUUGGCAAUCAAGAUUUUUUAACCAAAAAAAUGGCGAAUUGUAUCAGAAGAAAUGCUCUUUUCUUCUUGACUCUUCUCUUUUUAUUGUCAGUCUCCAACCUCGUUCAGGCUGCUCGUGGUGGUGGCAAACUCAAACCCCAACAGUGCAACUCAAAGUGUAGCUUCCGUUGUUCAGCAACAUCACACAAGAAGCCAUGCAUGUUCUUUUGCCUCAAGUGUUGCAAAAAAUGUCUUUGUGUUCCUCCUGGCACUUUCGGCAACAAACAAACUUGUCCAUGUUACAACAACUGGAAGACUAAAGAAGGCCGUCCAAAAUGUCCUUAAAACUUCUUUUUAGAUAUAUUUGAUAAUAUUCAUCUAGUUUUGGAUUAUCAAACACUUACUACUCUGUUUUAAUCUGUUUCUACAAGUUGGCGAUUUGUCUCUACACUUUUUUUGUGUCUUUUGCUCUUAACUGUUGUGUUUGUUAUACGUGUAAGCCCGCCCAAUGUGUCAUGGCCGAACUUAUUAUGGUUACAUAUUUAUGAAAUGGGCUUCAUUAUCAAUUGAUUUGAGCCUACAAAAAUGUAGCCAUAAAGCCCAUUAAGUUGUAAUUGUUAAUAUUUCAGUCAUAAAUAUGAUUUUCUAUAUCUAUGAUUUAUCUCUAGUGUUGAUGAUGUUUGUAUGUGGAAGUCAUGUUCUAUUUGCUUCCACGGUUUAAAAACCAUCAACUUGCUAAGGUCAAAU